AUGUCAUCCGUUUUCGAAUCAUCAGAGGAAAAAACGAAUGGCACAAAACUGGCACGGUUAGUGAUUGAUGGAGGAACACACGCGUUAAGGACGUUUUUAAACACUUUUCAUCCCCCGGGCGUGUUACAAGCAGCAUUGGCGAGCAACUUUGGAAAACUUCACGUUCUUAAAUCGAAACGAGGGAUCUUUGAUAGCCAGUGGGAGUCGCUGUUUCCUUCUUCAGGUGAUCCACCAGAUUCUGAGACAUUCGAUAUCACCCUUUUGCAUUUGCUGCUUCGGGAAAUUUGUUAUUUGGCGCCGCCUUCUACAGGAUGGAACAAUCUGCCACUAGAUUCUGAUGUCAGUCCCGAAGCACACAUUGUCCGAAUAAAAUGCUUUAGAAAUGAGCUCUGUCACAGUAUUUCUACUGGUGUUACAAAUGUUGAGUUUGAAGAUAAGUGGAACAAGAUUUCAGAGUCGCUAGUCGCGCUAGGACUCGAUCAAAAGGAGAUAGACCUCCUGAAGACUAAACCAAUUGAUCACGAUACUGAAAGCCGUGUAAAGGCGGAAGUGGAAAGGUGGACUCGGGAUUUUGAGACACAAAUACAGAUCUUGGAGCAAGAGGUCAAGCAGAUGAAAGAUGAAAUCUCAAGGAUUCAUGAUUCAAUUUCAGAAAAAGGCGCAAAUGAGCUCGCAAAUUGUCUUCCAGAUGAAAUUCCAGAUGUCUUUGGUCGUUCAGAGGAGAUAAGACAAGUCACAGAAGCUAUCCAAUUUCAACGAGUAGACACUGUUGUGAUAACAGGGGGGCCAGGGUUUGUCGCUCAUGAACUGGUAGCUAAUCAUCAUUGCAAAAACACAGUUUUGUAUUGCCCGAUCAGAUCAAAAACGACAGUUGAUGAUGUUGCAACCUCAAUGAUUCUUACCUGUAAUAAAAAUCACUCUCAUCCCCCACAGAAUCCUCACCAUUGGUUGCUUAACUGGAGCAAGCAACAAAUGAACCAUGUUACUUUUAUUUUAGACAAUGCUGAUGACAUUCUUAAUUCAGAUGACCGAUUGCACUUCAUAAAUCUUUUACGUGAUAUGAGAAUCUUAUCGGGACAGAAUGUUGAUUUUCUUGUCACAUCUCGAAGAGUAUUCAAAGAUUCAAGCUUGAAGAUGAUAGAAGUCAGAUUAAAAGCCUUAGCACUUGAAGAGUCUCGAAGAGUUCUUACUGCACAAGUCUCUGAUGACUGUAUUAAAAAACAACUGUCGAAAACAGACAUCCUAAUUGAACUGUGUGGUUGUGUGCCUCUUGCUAUCUGUAUUGUUGGCUCUUUGCUUUCAGACUACACAGAAGAUGAACUGAUUAACAGUCUUAAGGAAAGUCCAUUGGAUGUGCUUCGAGAAGAUGAAAGUGAUGAUAAUUCUGUUAAAAAGGCUAUUAAAACCUCCCAUGAUGUUUUGAGCGACAUUGAGCAACAAGUCCUGGUUGUUAUGUCAGCCUUUCUUGGUUCUUUCAGUUCUGAAGCUGCCAAGACUGUAAUUAGUAAGUGCAUGAGCUGUAUUUCUCAGCCGAUGUCAAUUCUUCGUUCUUUGAAAAAUCGGUCACUCAUUGAACAACCAGCUUCACAGAGAUAUCAGAUCCAUCCACUUAUACAGGCAUUUCUGAAAACUAUCGAUCAAGAAGUUGGUACCCAGCUUGUCAUAUCGGGACAAAGAGAGGCUUGUGCUUACUUUAUUUCUCAGCUUGCUGACAAUGCCGACCUAUACUGGACCAACGACAUGUGCAAAGAGUCCAUUCAGCGUUUUAAUAAGGACAGACAUAACUUUGAAUAUUUCCUCAAAGCCUGUAUCAGUGGAUUGAAGAAUGAAGAUCCUGAUGUCUUAGCAGUCAUGGAAACCUUAGUGGAGAGGAUUUCCCAAAUAUCUUCAAUAUACUUGUAUUUAGAGAUGUGCCUUCUUCCUAGUGUUUAUGUGGAGUUCCUUAAACUUUCUUGUGAUUUGCUGACAUCUGGCCAUCACCCUUCCACUAGAAGAGUGGAGCUUCUUUGCCUUGUUGGGCAUGAAAGCAGAAGAGCAGGAGAUCUCAACAAGUACAAAGAGUUCCAGGAAAAGGCCAGAGAAGCACACUUGCAGAACCCUGCAGAAUUUGAGGGUGAGAAGGUGUCAGAAGCUUUCUUUCACAACAACAAUGCACGCUUCCUUGCUGAGGAAGGAAAACUAGAUGAAGCAAAAGAACAAUUUGACUUGUGUCUUAACAUAUGUGAGGAAAAUUUGUCUUUGGAUUACAUGUAUGUACAGAAAGCAAUAACUUUGCUUUUUGCUGGUUAUGAAGACAAUCGUCGCAAUGAACGCUGUAAAGCAGAACAAAAACUAAAUGAAGCAUUGGACCUUUAUCAAAGGGUCCUUGGGAAACAUGUUAUGACUGCUUGGGCUGAAAGAAAGCUUGCAGAUUUUCACCUCUUUCAUGGUGAUGGUAGUUUGGGAACUGUAGAAGACCAGCAAAAAUGUAUUGAGCUUUAUGGGGAUGCAUUAACAAUUAUGGAGAGUCUUGGAAUGGCAGGCCACAAAGAGUGCAUCCUGAGUCUGACAAACUUAGGCAUAUGUCACCAACUACAAGGCAAUCAAGAACAAGCAAUGAAAUUAUAUCAAGGAGCUUUGAACAUUGCAGAAAGGGAAUUAGGAGAGAAUCACAAGUGGAAAGUAUAUCUUAAAACACAAAUGGCUUACUGGAAUAAAGAAAAAGGAAAUUUGGAUGAGGCCAAAGCAUUAAAAGAAGAAGCAGUACAUAUGAGUGAUACUUUGGGGCUCCCGGUCAAUCAACCACGCAACAAGUUUUUGUUGCAGAAAAUUUGA